GGUGGCCGCUCUCAGGUUUCUUUCCAGUUGUGGUAUUGAAUGCACCUUUUGAGUACGCGCAUUAAAUUGAUGUGUAGUUGUACGUGGUGUGUUUUUGUUAAAAGUUUUGAUACUUAAUUUUUAUUGAAUUUUACGUAUACGAUCAAACAAGUUCAAACUAUACUAAAAUGCCGAAAGGAAAAACCAAAAGAUUUAUUGACAAGAAGAAUUCUGUUACAUUCCAUCUGGUCCAUCGUUCACAAAAAGACCCAUUAGUGGCGGAUGAAACUGCACCACAAAGAGUACUUGUACCAGCUGGUGACACACAAGCUGCUAAAACAGAAAAAAAGGCAGGAGAUAGUGAAAAACGCAUAGAAGAGCAACGCAAAUUUGGAAUCUAUUAUGACGAUGAUUAUGAUUACCUGCAACACCUCAGAGAUGUUAAAUCACUUUCAGUUGAGUGGCAACGUGUUGAGAAUACAAAUGUUCCCAAGAGCUCUGAUGACAAAGAUGUUCCAAAAAUUAACUUACCAUCUUCUGUAUUUGCUUCAAAUGUCGAGGAAAAGGUUGGCAUGCUCAACAAAGCAGCACCAGUUUCUCUACAGUUGAAUGUUGAUCCAGAUGUGUUCGCAGCAAUGGAUGAUGAUUUUGAUUAUGAUGAUCCUGAAAAUCAAUUAGAGGAUAAUUUUAUUGAAUUGGCUAAUGGUGGAAAUAGUGAUGACGAUGGUUUUGAUAAAGAAUAUGAAUAUGAAUUGGACGAAUCAGACAAUGAAUAUGAUAAGUCGGAUAUCUCUUCUGAGAGUCACAUGAAAUUCUCUGAUAAAGAAGAUGAAGAUGAAGAUGAAGUAGGUAGCUUGAAGGGACCUCAGUAUACAUUCAAGGAUGAGGAGACAAAGUCACGAUUUACAGACUAUUCUAUGAGUAGUAGUGUGAUAAGAAGAAAUGAACAACUCACGCUACUAGAUGAUAAAUUCGAAAAGAUGUAUGCUGUGUAUGAUGAAAGUGAGAUUGGUGCUUUAGAUUGCGAUGAAAUUGAAGGAUAUAUUGCACAUGAUUCGGAUCUUGUACUGCAGUGUGCAGAAGAAUUUGAGAAGAAACAAAAAGAAGAUACAGAAAAUAUCGCGGAACUUAUGAGAGAUAGAAUGAAGAUCAUAGAAAGAGAAAGUUCAGGUUCAGAAGAUGAAGCUGAUUUAGAAAAGCUUGUCGUAGAUGCCCGGCAAAAAGAUAAAUGGGACUGUGAGAGUAUUCUUAGCACAUAUAGUAACAUUUACAAUCACCCUAAAUUGAUAUCUGAACCUAAGCGUUUACAGAAAAUUAAAAUUGACCCAAAAACUGGUAUACCAAAAGAUAUAUUAGGUAAUACAUCUGGGAAAUUAACUUCUCAAAUGUUAAACCGAUUUAAUUCUGAGAAUGAUACAUUAAAAUCAAAAGACACACAAUCUGUACCAGAAAGUAGGAAAUCUACUUUAAGUAUGCUAAGCGUAAGGCUUAACGGAGAAACUUCUGACGAGAGAAGAAAAAGAAAAAAAUUAAUCAAAGAAUACAGAAAGGAGAGAAGGAUAGAACGAAAAGCGAAUACAGAGGCGUUUAAAGAAGAAAAGAAACACCAAGAGAAGAUUCGGUUGAAUAACAGGCUAUUCAUUCGUCAUGGAUACCAUGUAUUAUAAAACUUCAUGAAAAAUACCUUUCGUAGGCUAAAACACGAUUUUAUAGUUUGGAUUUCAAUAUCAUAUGUAGAAAGAUACACAUCAUUGUGUAUUGAAAACAUUAUCUACAGUAUAUUAAUCCCUUGUUUUAGCAUUUAUUUGUUGAAUUUGUAAGACAUGUAUCCAUUUAAAUUUAUAUUCAGAAAGAACAAAAAUAUAUAUAUGUAACUCUAUAUAUAUCUGUUUUACACAAUCUUGUAGAAUUUUUUGAGAAUUUUGUUAUUACAAAACAAUAAGAUUAAGUUUUAAAUUUGUGAUUAACGUGUACAUUUAACUCGCGUAAGUACAACGUCUGGGAAAUGUUAUUGCAACACAAGGGAAUACCAACAUGAAGUAUACCUCUCUUUUACAAAAAUUAUUCUACUGUCUUUUUUAAAAUUAAAACUGUAUAUAUAUAAACAUAUAUAUGUAAUAUACAAAGUGGAAUCAAUA